GGCAAAAUAUUCCUGAGCUGCACAACAUUUGCUGCAUCCCGUCGGCCAUCUUGGUUUUGAGAGCUGUGUGUUGCACUUACAACACCUGGCCAGUGGGUGGCAGUGUAUGGCAUCACGUGCUAGGGUCCACUGUAGUGAAUUACAUGCAACUACAGUAUCAAAACCAAUGCACAUACAAGAAAAAGGCUUUUAAAUUGCUGUACACUGUAGUGACAACUGUGCGUGGAAGGGUUAGCCAAAGUUGUCGCAACUUAUCAACCGAUGGCAACCACCUGUCACUCAAAGUAAUUGGUUAUAUCUGCCAUAAAGACUGGUAUUUUGGGAUUGCCUGUGUCCUGGAGCCAGCCUCAUGUGGCCAUUUGAGGAACUGCAUUUGCUCUUCAGCCCCUGACAUUGCCGCUUGGCAGCUACAUGAAUGUAAGGGUGUGAUGGAUGGCUGUAUCAGUAUUAAAUGUUGUGCCUGUUUCCCCUUCAGGUUUAUUCCGUGUUUUUCGGACUCAGGAGUUUAUCCACAAAGCUCCGAGGAUGCCAUUUGACUACAUUCCCAUUCUAGAGAUCUUCCUGGGCAUGCUGGGCUUCGGCCUCUCCAUCAUGUUCUGCACGACCUUCUGCAGGGCGUGCAGUCGCUACAGGGAGGAGCAGAUAGAGAGGGAGGUGUGGCGUCGCACUGAGCAGGACGGGCGCCCUCCUCCAAUAUAUUUCAUCCCCUUCCAUGGGAGCAUGUCACACCAGGACGGCGAUGACCACCCCAGGGCACCUCGAUAUAGCCAAGAGAACCACACACCACCACAGUAUAGCAAUGCAGCCUACAGUGGGCCCCCACCUUCCUAUAAUGAGCUUGGAUUGAAGCCUGAGGAUCUUCCCCCUGCUUACACAGAGUACAGCGUCCCUGUGUAUCCCAUCACACCUCCACCUCCCUCGGACAUGGUUCAACCACAAACACAGUCACAGCAAUAAACCAGGACCAUCACACUGUGGCUGUGUUGAAGUUAUGGACAGUGUUGUUUACUGAACUGCCUCACGGACUUGAGUGAGCUGACACUGGAGUUUAUAAAGUUUCAAAGAUUUUUUUUUUAUUGUGAGCUUGUGUUUUUUAUUGUGAUAAUGAAUGUGAUGAUGGGACAGAGGGGAUAAAAGCUGCAGAAAUGGCACCAUGCUCAAAGCUACAACACCAGUACAUUCUACGAGCCACUAAAGUACUUAAGACCCAUUGUAGAUUUUUAUUUGAUUCUGUCUGAUGAUUGUUAAAAUGGGAUCCUGUGCGCAUCACUCCCUCACUUGUUGUUAUCUUGAACAAGGAGGUUUUGCUUUUGGUCGUGUUUGUUUGCAUUUCUGUCUGAUGUUUUGUUUGAUAUCUCAAAAAACUGCUUUAAAAGUAUUAAUGGAAUUGGUGUAAUUUCAGGUGUGAAUGUGAAUCCAAUGGUGCCACUGUGUGGCCAUUUAUGAAGCACUUUGUUUUACUCAUUUCUCUUGAAUCAUGAGGAGUGGGUGCCAUUUGUCUCUCCCUGGAUUCCUUUUACCAGUGUGUAUUAUUGUCUGCACGGAAUUUCAUUAAACAUUUUCUCACCACUUCUAUCAGUUUAUCUGAUCUACACAAAA